CCUCCGGUCACAGAGGCUCAGACCUGCACUGGGGCAGAAUCAGUCCAGUAACAGUGGGGACUUUUAUUUUGGAGUCUGGUGGCAGUUUCACUUUAUCUCUGAGGCGAAGGAGACGCCUCCUUUACAACAGUCUGGACUCUGGCUGGUCGUCCUCCCUGUGGAGGAUGAGAGGAUCAUAGUGAGGAGCUGCUCCUCUUUUCCAGACUCUGAGAGACCCAAAACCUCUUUCUGUCUGAGAUGGAUCUGACAGACCAGGUCCAGAUCUGGAUCUAAGUUCUCUGUUUGAGUUAGUGAAGCUCCAGGACCGAGGAUCUUCAGGAGCUCAGAGAGUAAAACCUCCUGGUCGAUAUCCGAACCACAGUGACCCUGAUGGAGCCUGUGAAGAAAGACAUGGAGCUGCUCAGUAACAGCAUGGCCACCUACGCUCACAUCAAAGCCAAUCCAGAGAGCUUCGCCCUCUACUUCAUGAUGGGCGUCUGUUUCGGGCUGCUCAUGGCACUCUGCCUCCUGGUGGCUGCCAUCGCCUGCAGGACUCACCGCCACCGCAGACUGCCUCCCUCCCCCGAGAGGAGGCAGCUGAAGGAGUCCAGCGAGGAAGAGGAAGAGGAGGAGGAGGAGGAGGAGAGCAUCGCAGACGAGGAUGGGGAGGAGGCAGAGAUCCCCAGAGUGACUGUCGGGCCGAUGACGUCUAAUAGUUCUCUGAUGAGUGUUGAUGUGUUCGCUUCAGCUGACGAGCUGGAGAAGGCGAGACGUCUGGAGGAGAGAGAGCGAAUCGUCAGGGAGAUCUGGAGGAACGGGCAGCCGGACAUCCUGGUCACAGGGACGGGGACAAUAGGACGAGUCCAUUACCACUGACAGACACUGAGAAAGACUCUUCAUGACUGAAGGACAGAGAGAGUUCACUGAUGAACACAUGAAUAUCAGUUCACUCAUCAUGAGGAGAAACACUCCACAUGUGAAAAAGGUUUCAUAAUGUCUCAUGUUUAAUGUUUAAUGUCUUGUGUGGGAGGGAUGGAGCUUUUUAACAUCAAAGGUUAUCUCAGCUCAGAUAUGGGGCUUCAAACCGAUGGGGUUUGAAAUACAUUUACAUUUACCAGUCAACAGUCAAUGAACUAACUGUAGGCCGUGGAUUGAUUCCUGACUGAGAGAGGUGUACAGGUGUUUCUCCAGAUCUGUGGCUGAAAUAAAAGACUUCAUCUAAGUCAUAUUUCUCAAGUGAUAAAAACACGACUGAACAACUUUCUUCAUCUGAGGUUCAAAACACAAUCAAAGAUCACAUACCAUUCUUUUUGCAGGAAGAUCAAGUUCAAUGACCUCAGAUCACCUGUGAUUUAAUGUAAGAAGUUGAAUACAGCUUCAAACAAAGCAAUCAGAAUACAGCUACAAAUUUACCAAUUACAAUACGGCUGCAAAUCUACAAUUUAGCAGCUAAGGUUACUGACAUUUAUCAUGUUGCAUUCACCUAAGAAUCAUUAUGUUGUCAAUUGUUUAAUUUUUCAUAGUUAAAGUAACUGUUACUGAUUCAUUUCAUAACAAUAUUAAACUAGUGAUGGUCAGAAUUAGCAGUUAAUGUUGUUAUCACUGGGCUAGUCUUUCCCACAGAAACCCUCCAGUCUUUUUCCAGCCUUUACAUCAGCUUGUGUCUGUUUCCACAAAUCCCAGUAGCUCCCUCUCAGUCCAGCUACAACACUGCCCACUCUCUGGUAAAGACUUGUCUGUUUGUCCUGUAAAUAUGAUUCUCGGUUGAUUACAUGUUUCAGAAACAUAUUUUGUGUCUGCUACAGAAAAUAAUACAUACACUUCUAUAGGCUGACAUAUACGUUCCUUCACUUUCUUACAGAACAUUAGAGGAGCAUAUUAAUAUCAAUCUCAUGUCUGUAGGUAAAUAUGAAGCAAAUGGUUAGCUUAGCAUAGCAUAAAGACUGGAAACAGGAGGAAACCGCUAGUUCAGCUCUGUCCAAAGUAUAAAAACAAUUCAAAGGUGGAUGUGUGGAGCCAGGAGGGGGGUUGACUGUAAGUUACUGAAUCUGAAUCCUUACUCCCUUACCAAAUCUUAUUAGGUUUACCUGUGAAUUAACUCUAACAUAAACAUGUCUAACCACCAGAAAGCAGAAAUACUAGUUUUAGUGGCAGCAUUGUCAAUGUUCAAAGAUUGAGAGAAGAGGAGAGAUAAAAUAUUUGAUAAGAGAUUUGUUAGUGUUGGAGCUGAACUAAUGAGGUAUGUUGUAAAUGUUGUAACAGGCUGUCAGAACCAUCUCUACCAUCCAGUCACUUGACCCCCCCUUGUGUCUCCACUGACUUUACAUUGGUGUGACAUCAUGCUUAUAAAAGUCACUUCUCUAGCAUCUGGGAAAGUUUGACAAACAUUAAAUCUCCAUGAUUUAAAAAAUCUUACCACAAAGUUUCCAUGGCAGAUUCUUCUCUGCAGUAUCACUGCAUCAUGGUUUUGUACAGAUUAUAUGAACAAGAUAACCCUCAGGCAGAGCCAGGCUAGCUGUUUCCCCGUUUCCAGUCUUUAUGCUAAGUUAAGCUAAGAUAUUAAGAUUAAGAUAUUAAUGUUCUUCAUGUGUAGCUUGUAUAACAUUUAAAACAUUAUUUACUUACUGGCUGUAAUAACAAAUACAAUAUUGUCGUUUUUGUA